UGUGGCUUUUGUCACCAGUGUGUUCAUCUGCAACUUUGAUGCAGUCACAGCGUGUCUGCAUCAAAUCCUCCAGAUAUAUGGUACCUCACAGCGUGUCUGUGUAGAGCUGAACAAAGAGAAAGAGAAGAAGAGUUGAGGUUUCUUUCCGGAAAAACUCUUAACAUUGAAUGUCCAUUUUCGAACUGUAUUUCCAUGAAGAUCCUAAUUUGUAAUUUAGUAGAUGAGAAAUUGUGGUUGCUUGAGCAGACAGUGGAGGGGAGUUUCGGUCUAAAAGGCUGAAAGCUCAUCUCUCCCAGGUUUCACCAUGUCCAUCGACCCGGCGGCCGAUCUUCCUUUCUACUACGGCAGCAUCAGUCGCUCGGAAGCCGAGCAGCAUCUGAAGCUGGCCGGCAUGGCCGACGGGAUCUUCUUGCUGCGACAGUGUCUCCGCAGUCUGGGGGGCUACGUCCUGUCUGUUGUGUGGGACCUGGAGUUUCACCAUUACCCCGUGGAAAAGCAGCUCAACGGGACUUACUGCUUUACAGGAGGGAAGUCUCACUGUGGGCCUGCAGAGCUCUGUGAGUUUUACAGCAAAGACCCUGACGGCCUGGUGUGCACCCUGAGGAAACCCUGUCUGCGCUCCCCGGACACAGCGGUACGUCCCGGUGUGUUCGACAGCCUGAGAGAAAACAUGCUGAGGGAGUACGUGAAGCAGACCUGGAACCUGGAGGGAGAAGCCAUGGAGCAGGCCAUCAUCAGUCAAGCUCCUCAGCUGGAGAAACUGAUCGCCACCACGGCCCACGAGAAGAUGCCCUGGUAUCACGGUAGAGUCACCCGGCAGGAAGGUGAAAGGUUGCUUUACUCCAGAGCACAACCGGACGGCAAGUUUCUAGUGAGAGACAGACAGGAGUCGAGUAGUUUUGCUCUCUCCAUGGUGUACGGGAAAACCGUGUACCAUUACCAGAUCCUCCAAGACAAAUCAGGGAAAUACUCUAUGCCAGAGGGAACAAAGUUUGACACAAUCUGGCAGCUGGUUGAGUACCUGAAGAUGAAAGCUGAUGGCCUGGUGACUAAUCUUGGAGAGGCGUGUGUUAACGGAAAAGCUGCUGGAAAGACACCCAGCCUUCCUGGAACAAGGCGGAAAAAUGGAUACACACCGCCACCUCAAGCUGUUGCAAAGUCGGUCACCACUGUGCCUGUAGAGCGCGAGGUUCUGCCCAUGGACUGCAAUGGAUUCAACCCGUACCAUAAUCCGAAUGAAGUGAGGAGGUUUAAUAUCCAGAGGAGUCAGCUGCUUAUCGAUGAAGUGGAGCUCGGCUCUGGGAACUUUGGCUGCGUCAAGAAAGGAGUCCUCAAGACUGAGUCGGGCCAGAUUGAUGUGGCCAUCAAAGUUUUGAAGAAUGACAACGAGAAGCUGGUGAGGGAGGAGAUGAUGAGGGAGGCAGAGAUCAUGCACCAGCUGGACAACCCCUUCAUCGUCCGCAUGCUGGGUCUGUGCAACGCUGAGUGUCUGAUGCUGGUCAUGGAGAUGGCCUCCGCCGGACCUCUCAAUAAGUUCCUCUCCUCCAAUAAGGAUACUGUAACUGUGGAGAACAUUGUCGGCCUGAUGCACCAGGUGUCGAUGGGAAUGAAGUAUCUGGAGGAGAAGAACUUUGUGCACAGAGACUUAGCAGCUCGUAACGUCCUGCUGGUCAAGCAACAGUUUGCCAAAAUCAGUGACUUUGGGCUCUCCAAGGCCCUCGGAGCAGACGACAACUAUUACAGGGCUCGUACUGCCGGUAAAUGGCCUCUGAAGUGGUACGCACCAGAAUGUAUAAAUUUCCACAAAUUCUCCAGUAAAAGUGACGUGUGGAGUUUUGGUGUCACCAUGUGGGAGGCCUUUACCUACGGAGGGAAGCCUUACAAGAAAAUGAAAGGACCAGAGGUGAUGCGCUUCAUUGACGAUGGGAACCGCAUGGAGUGUCCAACAGCAUGUCCAAAGCGAAUAUAUACAGUGAUGGAAGAAUGCUGGACAUACAAGCACGAGGACCGUCCUGACUUCAAGAAGGUUGAGGAGGCCAUGAGGUCUUACUAUUACUCCAUAUCGAACAAGGCCAAGCCUGAGGAAGCUGAAGCCACUGCUGAGCCUAUCAAGUAGACAGAAACAAGGCACAUUCUGUCCCAGGGCUUCACAAAGCAUCCUUUCAACUGGCCAUUAAACAACCAAAACAAAGAGCUUUUUAUGAACGGCACACACUGACAAGCUUUGACUACAGUUCUCAUACAGCUAAACGGGCCUCACUGACAAUAAAUGUGCAUUUGUGAAUUGGACUUAAGUGUGUCUGCCAUGUAAGGAAGAUCUCAAUCUGUGCGUCUUCUGCCUGUCAUGGUUUGAAUGUUAAGAGUCAACCUCCCUGUAAUUGGAGUAUGUGGUGCAUGUACAAGUUUUUCUUUUUUAGGCCAAACCAAAUACAAAUAUAUAUAUACAUAUAAAUAUAACAAGUCAGUAAAGUCAGUGAUUAAAGGUAAUAUUUGGGUUGACUUCAACGCAAAGUUGAACUGUAUCAUACAAGUUAUAAGCUGAGCUCAUAAUCAGGGAAAACAUGCAUUAUUUAAAACAUUUUUAGACACCUCAGAGUAAAAACAACAAACCAUAAAUGUAACUAAACAAUCAUUACACUUACUGUUGAUUUACAGAGGCCCACGUGUUUCAAAAGGCCCCAAUAUUAAUAGAUAAAAAACAAAUCUGUAACAAAUUAGUGUAUGUAGCAAAGAAAUAUGGGCAAAACAUCCUAUAAAAACGCCUUGUGUACAUGUGCAGAACAUUACAUAUAGACCAUCUGCAUUGGAAAAGCACAUGGCUGAUUUUAUGUACUUACUUAAAAUGUUCUCCCAAAAUAAAAAGCACAAGUGAAAAAACUGUUUUUGUGUAGGACUAAGUAGAUGUAUAAUCAGUAAAGAAUAAGAAGGGCAAUAUGGUUUUUAUUACAUAUUCAUUUAAAACUUUAAUUCAAGUGGUUUAUAAUGACCGUGCUAUUAAGUAAAAGACAGGCUCCCAUCAACUUACAGUCACAUACUGUACCAAAGGAAGUACUUCUGAGCAGCCAGGCAGCAACAGAAGGGUACGCAGAACCCGGAAGUUGAUGGAUUAGUCAAAAUAAUGGCGUAAGGUUUUUACAGAGUAAAACAUCAGGCCUUCAAAUUACAUGUUACAUUUAUGAGCAUAGUGGGAUCUCAAAUGAAUAACAAGAUAAAGUCAUGCAUUCAAUAGUUGUGGAAGUAAUUAAGCAAGUAUGAGCAGUAACAAAUUAAUAAAAACACAGAUGCAGUUAGUGUUAAAUCAUAAUGAAAAUCCUGAACAUUUAAAAAAAAAUACUAAUAAUAAACUAAUUACAAAUCCAAAUAGUUCAAGUUAAAUUGGUAUUUUCCUGCUUUUGAGAUCAGCUGAAAGAUUGCACCUUUAUAUCAAGGAGAUAUUCUGAAAUACUCUUCAAAUGUCCCAUGGAAUGGAAGUGCAAAUGAUAAGCAGCAUACGAGAACAAAACUGACAUUGUAGUAUAUAUAUCAUUUGAAAUAAAAGCCGUUAAGCCGUUGCUUUGAACAUA